AUAAUUUUUCUCCAGAGAGUGUUAACGAUACGGCUAAAGAAACUUGCUUAAACUGGUUUUUCAAGAUUGCUUCAAUCAGAGAACUCAUUCCCAGAUUUUACGUGGAAGCAGCAAUACUGAAGUGCAAUAAAUUCCUAUCCAAAACAGGAAUUUCGGAAUGUCUCCCACGGUUAACGUCUAUGAUUAGAGGAAUUGGAGACCCACUGGUUGCAGUCUAUGCGAGAGCAUACCUUUGCAGGGUAGGGCAACAUCCAAGGAAAACUGACCCAAGAAGAGAGCCUAAAAUGAUUCAAAAAGUCAUUAACGGUGGAAAAAUAUUUGUUGGGAUGGAAGUGGCACCACAACUCAAAGAAAGCCUUAACAAAAAUUUCUUUGACUUUCUUCUAACAUUUAAACAAAUUCAUGGGGAUACGGUUCAGAACCAGCUGGUAGUACAAUGUGUGGAGAUUCCUUUGUAUUUGACUCUCUAUUCUCCUGCUAUAGACUGGAUUUUACAGUGCAUUGCAUACCGUGCUCCUGAAGUUCUGCUUACUGAGAUGAUGGAGAGAUGCAAAAAAUUGGGGAAUAAUGCUUUGCUGUUGAAUUCAGUAAUGUCGGCAUUCAGAGCAGAGUUUAUUGCUGCAAGAUCUAUGGACUUCAUUGGCAUGAUUAAAGAGUGUGAUGAAUCUGGAUUCCCAAAGCAUCUCCUCUUUCGCUCCUUGGGAUUAAACUUGGCAUUGGCUGAUCCUCCUGAAAACGAUCGUCUUCAAAUAUUAAAUGAAGCCUGGAAGGUUAUAACAAAGCUGAAGAACCCACAGGAUUAUAUCAACUGUGCUGAAGUGUGGGUGGAGUAUACAUGCAGACAUUUUACAAAGCGAGAGGUCAAUACAGUUUUGGCUGAUGUUAUCAAACACAUGACUCCUGAUCGAGCAUUUGAAGAUGCUUACCCACAGCUGCAGUCAAUUAUUCAGAAAGUUAUUACCUAUAUUUAUGACUUCUCUCUGCUUUUUUCAGUGGAGAAAUUUUUGCCAUUUCUGGAUAUGUUCCAGAAGGAAAGUGUGAGAGUGGAGGUUUGCAAGUGCAUUAUGGAAUCUUUUAUUAAGCAUCAGCAGGAUCCUGUUAUACUCAAUGCUCUUCUGCAUAUCUGCAAGACAAUGCAUGAUUCUGUGAACGCACUAACGCUUGAGGACGAGAAAAGAAUGUUAGCAGCUUUGAUAAAUGGAUUCAUAAAAAUGGUUUCAUUUGGUCGUGACUUUGAGCAACAGCUGAGUUUCUAUGUAGAAGCCAGGUCAAUGUUUUGCAAUCUGGAGCCUGUUCUGGUCCAGUUGAUUCAUUCUGUGAACCAACUAGCAAUGGAAACAAGAAAGGUGAUGAAAGGAAAUCAUUCCAGAAAGACUGCUGCAUUUGUCAGGGCUUGUGUUGCCUUCUGCUUCAUUACAAUUCCAUCUCUGAGCAGUAUCUUCACACGUCUUAAUCUGUACCUACACUCUGGACAGGUUGCUCUGGCAAAUCAGUGUCUUUCACAAGCUGAUGCUUUUUUCAAAGCUGCGGUGAGCCUUGUUCCUGAAGUGCCAAAAAUGAUCAGCGUAGAUGGAAAGAUGCGACCUUCUGAUGCCUUCCUCCUGGAAUUCCUUUGUAACUUUUUUUCCACAUUAUUAGUUGUUCCGGACCAUCCAGAACAAGGAGUGUUGUUUCUUGUGCGAGGAUUACUAAAUGUGAUCCAGGAUUAUACUUGGGAGGAUAACAGCGAUGACAAAGUCAGGAUUUAUACUAAUGUUUUGCAUCUGCUGUCUGCAAUGACUCAAGAAGCAUAUAUCUACCAUGUAGAUAAAGUUGAUUCCAAUGAUACCCUGUAUGGUGGAGACUCCAAGUUCCUGGCUGAAAUUAAUAAACUGUGUGAAACAGUGAUAGCACAGAUCCUGGAUCAUCUGAAAACCCUUGGAAAAGAAGAGACCCUAAAGCGACAGAGCCAGCUGGCACUCUACUUCUUUAACACUAUUUUAGCUCAUGGGGAUCUACGAAACAACAAACUAAACCAGCUUUCGGUCAACCUCUGGAAUCUUGCUCAGAAACAUGGCUUUGCUGACACCAAGACGAUGGUGAAAACGCUGGAAUACAUCAAGAGGCGAAGCAAGCACCCUGACAUGAGCCACUUCACAGACCUGGCCCUGCGGCUCCCGCUGCAGUCCAGGACCUGAUGAACGCCUUUGCCCAGGGGUCCGCUCUGCCAGGCGGCGCGUACCGACGCCAAAACUCCCGGAUCUAGACUUUGACUGGAGGAGUUCAGUGUAUUUUUAUUUUACUUAGUGUGACAAGUUUACUUGCACACAGGUAGAACUGUUCUGUGCAAUAAUUUAAUCUGAAUUUGUUUCCAGUUUUACCACU